AUGAAUUGCAAAGUCCAGGUCUUCGAGCUCGAAGGGGAUCAUACCCAAGCCCCUCGUCAAUUCGAUGAUGCCAUGGCUAUGCUACGCUUUUGGGAGAACACACCAAAAGAUGGAUCCGAGAGCCGAACGAAUCGACGAAUAAUACUUCUCGAAGAUAUGGUGUCUAGAGUCAAUGAGAUCUUAGGAGUCAGCCUUGGCAUCCCGCCUCAUUUCUUUCUGGCUCACUGUGACAAUUUCACAGAUCUGAGGAUAAUUGACGAUACAUUUGCGGCGCAGAACUCGUCGUACUGGAAAGUACCGUUUCCAAUAGCUCGAUUUGUGCCCCAGACAGUUCCACCUGGGCCUUAUACCGCAGAAGUCGGCAACUUCAGUCGGGAUCACUUCGACAUUCAACCACCUGGUCCAAUAAACUUCAACGGCUACGUUUCCUACUGGGGUAGAAGUUAUGGAUUGGAUUCGUGGACAGCAGUCAUGUUGAUAGAUCCGCCCCAGGCCUGGCUGCGGCAACCGAACGUAUCUUACGAACUGCAAAUCCGUUUUUAUCCGCGAGAUAUCUUGCAUGAAGUGAUGAUAUCGGGUAAUGAUGUCAAUCGUAGGAUCAUUCAGCCUUGUCAUAGAAACAUGUUCGAAGCGGCAGUUCAGGCCCAUCGGCAACACCCGAUACUACAUACUCAGGACCCUUUCACAGGAUCCAUGUACGUCAGGAACCUGAUUCGCUCAGCAUGGGAAGAUAAGAUCAUGCGCGAAGCUACAAGUUUCGCCGAUGUACUGGGCGAAGACCGCGAUAAGUACAGGGUGCACCAGGCUGUCGCUGACACAGGCAAAACUGCAGGUACUGCUUAUUUCGAUCUGAUGGUGAAGCGGCAAUCGAUCCAGCAAGCAAAGGAACGUAUUUUGUCCAUCAUGUGGAAGUUCAGAUUAUAUGAUGUGGACGAUACAUCAAAAGCGAACGAUCUGUUCACCACUCCUGAGCAGGCAAAGAACACCCGUUUGCAGAGAUACUUGGAAGAAGACAGACAGCGUCAGGUCUACUUGUCUGAAGAGAAAAGAGCGUGGAAGAUGCUGUUCGAGACUCAAUGCAGCUUGGAGUCGAAGGCGGCUGAACAUAUGGAAAUGUGGUCACAACGUGCGGCAAGAAGCGCAACGGCAAACGGGUGUGGCGAAUCGAAUGGCACGAACAUCAGGCCAAUUGACGAAGAUUGCGACAAUCAUCGUGCCAUGCACCUUUGUCGCAUCCAUUUUCUCCAUGGGCGGAAGGUUUGCAGCAGGCGAAGACCACUUCUACAUCUACUGGGCUGUCUCCGUACCGGUCACUAUCACCCUGCUUGUCUGGGUAUUGUAUGGCGACAACAUACAAAAGUCCUGGGAAAAGCACAAGCCAACAUGGAAUUUUAG